CGUCUGGAGAACAACUACUUUCGGGAAGGGACAUGUUUUGUAUUCAGUCUUCUAGACGAUCUGUCCGUACACUUGGGGUGUUUUAACACCUGGUCCCCUUUAAAGGAACCAGACUCAGUCCUCUUUAAGUGGACCAAAAAGUGGACCAACAGAAAAAGAACUCAGUUCUUUUUGUGUUCACACUGUGAAUUUAUUACAAAGAGGACUGGGUUCUCUUUCUGGUCCAGUUAAGCUUUGAUGGGGCCUCAGUCCUCUUUCUGUUCACACCAGGUCCUCUAGAGCCCUCAGACCCCCAGUGCACGGAAUUCUGGGGUCAUACGGAGAGGCCAGCAUGGGUGGUGGAUACACUCAGUCACCAGGGGGCUUUGGCUCACCUGCUGCCUCCCAGGGAGGAGAGAAAAAAGGGAGGACACGGGCACAGCAGAUAGUCCCCUGCACAGUGUCACAGCUCAUGUCUGCAUCCCAGGCAGAGGAUGUCUUCAGAGUAGGCGAAGUGGAAAUUGCACAAGUUACUAUUGUUGGAAUAAUCAGAAGCACAGAUAAAUCUAUGACAAACAUUCAGUACAAAGUGGAUGACAUGACUGCGGCCCCCAUGGACGUGAAGCAGUGGGUAGAUACAGAGGAUCCUAAUGUGGACAACUCAGUCAUUCCUCCAGACACAUAUGUCAAGGUCUCUGGCAACCUGCGUUCUUUUCAGAACAACAGGUCUUUGGUGGCGUUCAGUGUUCGGCCAUUAGAAGACAUGAAUGAGAUCACAUCUCAUAUGCUGGAGGUUGUGCAGGCUCACAUGCUGCUGAGCAAACCACAGAACAUGAUGGGAGGAGGAGGAGGCAUGAGUAGCAGCAUGGUGCCUAUGUCCCGCCCUGGCCUGGGUGGCAUGGGCAUGAGUGGGGGCUACUCUGGUGCCAGUGCCAUGGCCAAUAAUGGAUUAAACCCAAGUCAAAAUCAGGUUUUAUGCUUAAUAAAGAGCUGCCCAGAACCUCAGGGGAUCAGCAUGCAGGAGCUAAAGCAAAGACUAAGUGGCAUGAGCAUGACUGUAAUCAGGCAGGUUGUGGACUUUCUCAGUAAUGAAGGACACAUUUUCUCUACUAUCGACGAGGACCACUUCAGAUCAACAGAUCAAGAGGCCUAAGAACCAUCUAUUAUUUUUAAGCACUGCAACAGUAAACUAUCUCUAACUGCAUGUUCAUUGUAAAACUAGUGCUAACACAUUUAUAUGCACUGCCUCAGCAAGUGCAUGUUUCAUCUGUGCUAAGAAUAUGUUAUGGCCAGGAAAUGGUCAGCCUAGCAAGUGCUGACAGGGAAACGUUCAAAUGUGAGAAAAUUCAUGCAAGUCCUGCAACAGUUCAUGUCGUUUACGAGGGGACAUGUAAAAAGCAGUAAAGAAUAACAAGCUCUUUUGAUAAUGUUUUAAUAUUAAUGUAUACAGUGUCCUUUAAAUACAUUUCUACCCCUAAAUAAAUGGUUAAUUUGUAAUAGUCUUUUUUUUUUCUUCUUUAGAUGUUAUUUGCUUAUUUUCCUACUGCCCAAUAAAAAGGAAUUUAAAACACA